AUACCGAUAUGCAACUGGAACACCUUAAACGGGGUAUCAAUAUGGGCAAGGUGCUUCUUUUUCGACUCGGUUGACAAAAUAUCUCACCGGAUAUGGUUCAACUACAACCCGGUCGUUCUGGGGGCAGUUUCAAUGCAAUUUUCAGGUGGGACGAGAUCAAAAUUGGCUCUGCUCCCCGAUUUGGAUCUGCUGUUGGAACCAACCCCAAUGCUGCUCGCUUUUAUUCCGGUGGAUCAAUGGGUUGCCGCACCGGCCUCAGAUCUCGACCCGGGUGAGAAACAGCCUUCUAUGGAAAUCGAUGAGAGAUGCGAACAAAGGCUGCGUAGGCACGAGUAUCAAAGCUUCAGUCCCAGCGUAAACGCCCCUUAUGGUUUCGAUACUAGUACCAGCAGCUUCCCUACCACCACCUCGCCCAAGAUCUAUUCCGGUUCCAGUCGCAGAACCACCGGGCCCAUUAUUGACCCAGUGACCAGGGUAGAGCUAGUUGGAGAGACAUUACCUAGCCCUUGUCCGAAAAAGUGGUUGUUCCACCACCGGAAGCAGAGGAAGCUAACCGAGUUGACUAAGAAUCAGUCGUUUACCUCGACUUUGAACCCCAAAAUAUGCCUGUCUACCUCUAUGAGGAGCAGUAAGUUCACCCCCAACAAAGCUAUACUCCUUCUCUGCCAGUUCGAGUUACCAUUGUUGAUCCAUCAGCUCGAUAUAAUUGACCUCAGCACCUCCAUUUCCGGUAACCAUUCCUGCCAUCCACUCUGCCAUGAGAGUUUUUAUGUUCGUCUUCUAUGUGAUCCUCCUCUGGUCGUUGCAGUUUUCUCUUCGGUUCCCGACGGGCUCACCCGUCACGGCUCUUCCCUCUUCUUCGUCCUCUGCGCUCUUGUGUCCAUAAUAACGGCUCAAUUCUUAAACUUUAAGUUUGGGACGUUCCAAACGUUUGCUCUUUGCAAGAUUCUCAGGAGAGAAUGCCCCAAAGCCCCCUUUCUCCAAUUGAAAUUCCAGAGGGAUAUCCUUUUAGAGACGCUCUCCUGGCAUUAG